CUUUUCCUCUCUCCGGUCCAAACACAAAUCACGUGACUGUGUAACGGGUUAAAAUUAAAAAACUGAAUGGGCGUGUCUAAAUUUAAUUAAUUAUCUAACUAGCUAAUUAUGGCAGCUUUGAUGGCACCUUCCUUUCCAGAGCUAUCAGUUGUGAUAUACAGCUUGCAAAUGAUGCGAUUGCAAGCUAUAUACUUUCUUUGGGACCUUUUACACAUAUUUUCAAGGAUCAAGAAUGGCUGCCAAAGAAGAGAGUGAUGCUCCAGUCCCCUCUUCAGGCACUUCUUUGGACUUUCCCUCCACUGCACGUAUUGUUACUAACUGGCAGCAGCAAGCAAAGGGUGUCCGUAAGAAGCGGUCUCGUCAAAGCAGCAAAGAGUUCAGUGAAGAGCUCAUUCAUCUCGCUAGCGAGUAUGACAACAAAUCACCACACGAGCUUGCUUUUGAGGGCGAGCUGAGCAUCCUACGUACUAGGAUUGAUACAUUUGGUCUCUCAUUAAAAACCAGAGGUGCUAAAGGUGAAACGCUACUGCAUUCUGCUACAAGUGGCAAUCAGAUAGAUACAAUGCUCUACCUCAUUGAAAGUGGAGUCCCAUUGAAUGCAGUGGAUAAAGAAGGCAACACGGCAUUGCAUGUAGCAGUCAUCAAUCAGUGCAUAGAGUCUGUUCACAUUCUCAUUAAUAACAAUGCUGAUGACACUAUUUGUAAUGUCAAUCAAGAUGCACCUCUUCACAUUGCAGUACGUAGUGCAAACAAGCACCUAGUUGAAGCAUUUCUUGAGCACACUAACAUUGAUAUUGUUGUGCCAGGCUACAGAAAACGUACACCACUACACAUAGCAGCAGAAUUUGAUUACGUUGACAUUGUCGAUGCAUUCAAUAACUGUUCUCUAGCUGUUCAAGCAUUCAAGGACAAGAAUUCAUUUCGUUUGUGUGCUGCUGAUGAAGACAAGCUCACUCCCAUUCAUUUUGCUGCUCGCUGUGGCUCGUCUAAGGUCCUUGAUUUCAUGAUACAAAAUUGCUCUCGACACGGAUAUCCCGUUGAAUUAAUCUUACAGUUUCUGGAUGAGGAGAAUAGCACUCCAAUGCAUGCAGCUAUAGAUGCAGGUCACUUAAAUAUUGUUAAAGUCCUGCUUAAAUAUGGAGCCUCGCCCACUGUUGUUAAUGGAGAUCAAAUCCCUCCCAUACACCUUGCCUGUUAUCAAGGUCGAAUAGAUAUUGUUCAAGCAAUGAUUGAACAUUGUGGCCGAGACAUUGUUUUUUCAACUUGCUCCGAUGGCCAGACUCCAUUGCACUGGGCUGCUAGAUCAAUUCACGGCGGCCAAGUGAUUAAUUAUCUCGUUCAGCAGGGAGCUAAUCCAAAGCUUGUUAGUAGAGACGGAAAUACAGCUCUACAUGCAGCAAUAAUGCACAAUAGUUUAGAGUCCACUCAGGAAAUACUUGCAGUUGAUAAAUGCAUCUCAUCCAUUUGUGAUAACGCCGGUCGGAAUAUAGUUCAUUUAGCUGUACUUCGAAAGAGAAAGGCAAUAUUGCAUUACCUUUUAAAUGAUUCUCCAUGCGCUAAAGACCUUGUCAGUCAGCAAGAUAACAAGAAAUGCACCCCAUUGCAUUACGCUUUGACAGAUAGUCUUGGUGACUAUGUAUCUAUGCUAGUUACAGCUAUGCAGCCUCACAUACCACACGUCAAGGAUGACUCUGGAUUAAAUUAUCUUCAUCUAGCAGCUCGAAGUGGCAACUGGAAAGCAUUGCGUAUCCUCUUAAACAGUUCGUUUGCUAGUAAUAUGCUUAACGAGGUUUCAUCUAUUGGUGCAACACCUCUCCAUGAAGCAGCAAUGCAAGGCCACCUUCAAUGUAUUGAGAUCCUAUUGAGUGCUGGUGCCAUGCUACACAAGUGCUACUAUGGAUACACACCAUUCCACGGUGCCAUUUACAAGGGGCACUAUGAGUGUGCAAAAGUUUUAUUUGAGGCCCAUCCUUUCCAAAAGAACAUGCUGUCUGAUAAAGGUGAGUCUGCACUGCAUCUAGCUGUAGCAAGUGGUUCUCCUAAAGUGCUGAAGCUCUGUCUUGAUCUCGAUAUACCAAUCACAAGAAAAAGUAACAACAACACUUUUCUAGAUGAGAUUAUAAAGUCAGGGAACGUAAUUGCUGCACGUACAGUAAUCAAACAUGACCGUUGGCAUGAAUGCCUCGAUUUCCCUGUAUGUGAAAGCAGGCCCCAUUACUUUAUUCAGCUCAUACAAACGAUGCCAGAGAUAGCAGAAGAAGUCCUGGAUCGUUGUCAUCAGAAAGGCCUUCAACCGAAAGAGCACAUUGAGUAUUUCGAGCGCUUUGAUUUCAAGUACCUUCGACUAGACAACAAUAAUGUCGAGCCAGGACGUAAUGACGAUAUUGAAAAGAAUGAAGAGAAAGUUCCUCUGUUUGAAGAGAAUGAUGGGGACAUGAUGCAGUCCCUCAAUAUCAAAUACAAGAGUAAGCAUAGUGAAAAUCUAGCAGUUGCUUUUGCCACUAGAAGUUAUUCUAGCAUGGAGGUGUUGAAGAGGAUGCUUGCAUUCAAUCGUGUGUCCCUACUCACUCAUCCUGUUGUACGUCAAUACCUAAAAAUAAAGUGGAGAGGAUACGGUCGUAUCAUUUAUGGUACGCACAUGUUUUUCUUUGUUUUACAAGUUUUACUGCUCUCCAGUUUUGUUAUACUUACUCCCCCACCUCGAUUGAAUAUCACAGAUGUGACAUUGGAAGUCAUCUCAUCUGCUUCUAAUGCAACUCUGCUUACUGAGAUUACAACAUCUUCAACAGUUAUUCGUUUUAUUACUCUAGCCAUUUGCUUCAUUGAUACCAUGAUAUGGUUGGGAAAUGUCUUCUCUUUGAGGCUUAGAGCUGUGAACAUCCUCAAGCAUGAAUUAAUAUGGAUGGAAGGGCUAACAAUAGGUUCGACAUACGCCUUCCUUAUACCAUGGAAGUUUCAUACAUUUGGCUUUGCUUUUGUUUUCUGGCAGGCUGGAGCCAUCGCCAUAUUUUCAGGUUGGUUUUCUAUUGGCUUGUUCCUAAAACCGUUUGAUUUGUUUGGAGUGUAUGUCACUAUGUUUCUGGAGGUCUUGUCAUCUCUUUUCAAAGCAUUACUUGUGGCUUCUCUCUUCAUCAUUGCUUUUGCCUUUGCUCUAUUUAUCCUUGUUGGAGACAUUCCUCCUUUUGGAAGCAUUGGGGACUCAUUUUUCACAACUUUCUCGUAUCUUCUCGGUGAAAUCAAUUACGAAGUAUACGUGAGAAGAUCUGAUAAUGACUCCCUUGCCCAUUCUGGCCUAACAUACAUUUUUGUCCUUCUUUCUGCUGCUAUACUUGCUGUUGCUGUAAUGAACCUUCUCAUUGGUCUAGCAGUUGGAGAUAUUGAAACUAUUAGAAGGAAUGCACUACUGAAGCAGCGCUCAACUGAAGUCAGAAUAUUUACCAGGAUAGAGCCAUGGCUUCCUAAAUUUGUCAUACGACGCUAUGACAAGAGAUUUCAUAACAUUUCCCCAAACAAGCCGGUUUCUGUGAUUAGAAAAAUCUGGCGAUAUUUCUGGCGUACCUUGAAGUCCUCGGAUGAAGGGGAAGCACCAAAUUUAGAAAAGAUUUUAGAGCGACAGCAGCUGUAUAUCAACUGCCUUCAACAAGAGAUAGCUCAAGCAAAGAAGCUUCAUCAGCAGCAGCAUGAGGAAUUGAAAGAUUUGUUGGAAACGAUUGUUCAUCAACGAAGCGAUGACUAAAUGUACAUAUAUUCUGUUAAAAGUAACUAUGCUAUAUUAUUUUUGUGUGAUUAUAAAUACUAAC